UCCAAGGUUAAGUGAUGAAGGUUGAGGUUAGGAAAAACUUCCAUUUGUGAUGCAAUGUUAUAAAAAUUAUUUCUUACAUAAUUUUAUGAGUUUACCAAUCGAAAUAUUUAAUACAGAGCAAUGGCGAACUCUCAACCAAUCUACGAAUACAAGGAUGAAUCUCAAGCUGACAGAUUAGCAAGGAAAUCUAAGGAUUCACCAUUUAUGAUAAUGGGCAUAAUGGGGUUAAUUGGUGUGUGCGGCUGGGGAGCUUACUCAUUCAAGAAAAAAGGGAAAAUGAGCACCAGUGUCUUUCUAAUGCAGUUGAGAGUAGCUGCUCAAGGCACAGUGGUGUCCUGCCUCACAAUUGGGCUCGCUUACACUCUGGCCAAAAAUCAUCUUUUUAAAGAUGAUAAAAAAGAAUAAUGACCAUACCACCACACCUUUAGGCAAAUUUUAUGAAAGCAAGUGUAAAGGGUACAUGUUUAACAUCUUACUGUGUUAAAUGUACUGUUUAAUAACUUGUACUAAACAUAGGACUUGUUUAAAAACAUUCUGUCAAUGUUAUCUUGUGCAUUGUCUUUGUAUAUUAUAGUUGUUAUUAACACUGAAAUGGUAAACAUUUCACAGGUAGAAAUUAUUUCUCACUCAUGUUGGAGUCUAUGUUAUGAAGGAUGUUAUUUACAAUGAUUUCAUGGUAUUUUAUAAGCUUAAAAUUAUUAGGUAGGUAUUUAUUUUAUUUUCUGUGAUGUUCAUUUAUUUCAUGAAUAAUUUUCCAUGCCAUGAGUAGGUAAAAUUUUAAAACAAGAAUCUAUUCAAAUCUCAAGCUAGAUUUAAAAACCUGCCCAUUGUUUAAAUAUUUUAAACAACCCAUUUUUAUAAAAAUAGUAAUUAAAAAUCUCAUAAUAUAUCAAUAUUACAAAAGAUAAGCACAAGAUCUGAAUAUCAUUAACAAGUAGACUAUAAGUUGAUGUCUUGUAUUAUGUUGUGAUAAUGUGUACAUUCAUUUGUAUUUAAGUUAUAGCUAAUUUAUU